AUGGCUUGGAAGUGGAUGCUAUUUUUCGCGUGUGCUCUGAGCAUCUGCGGCAGCCGUUCGAUCGAGGUGGCGGCCGCCCGCCAGCGACGUGUCCGCCACAUCGCUUCCAGGACCCCAACCGCAACUUCAGCCCCUGUGUCAGGGUUCAAUGGCACUGAGUUUGUGCUCGGAUUGGGCCUAGGACCGGAGUUCGCCAUUGUGCGCCGUGUCUACGAGGGCUGUCUGGAUAAGAAUAACUUUGUCGGCUGUUUGAAGCAUAAGGCGCUUCUGGCGCUAAGCCGUGCCUUGAAUCAGGACUCCAUCAAAAUUACGGAUGGACUCGUUUUGGAGAAGCAGAACCAGACGGAUAGGGAGCGAGUCGUUAGUGUGUUGACUGAGGCCCGAAAUAUUGACAACCUUGAUCGCGUUUUGCUCACCAAAUUGGAGAAAUUAAUGCGCACACAUUCGCUAAAAAUAGAUUUGGAUGUUGGGGUCGGCCGCGGCCACGAUGACAAGAAGAAGAAACAUAAGGAGGGCGGUGGUCACAUGAAAUACGUAAUAGCUGCGCUGCUAACGGCCAUGGGAAUCGCCGGUCCUUUGGGACUCAAGGCACUGGCGGCGAUUGCCGGAAAGGCUUUGGUAAUCAGCAAAGUGGCCCUCACCAUUGCGGGCAUAAUUGCGCUCAAGAAGCUCUUCUCGCACGACCACAGCGAGGAGUCCAGCUUUCAGGUUCACGCCAACGACCACAAUAGACGCAACACCUACGUCAUCAGGCCCGUAUCUAAAGCGAAUGCCGGCGUAGGCGUCAGUACCGCCGUUGGUGGAAGUAGCUCUUCAUUGGAUCCAUAUCGGUAUUACUAUGAAUACCACCAGUAA